CUUGAGAGCAAGCGAACCAAGCGGGUUCACAGAAAAGCGCGUCAUGGGACUUCCGAGUUGUCGAUGUGGCCUGGCGCUUCGUCGCUACGCCUGUCUAAGUUCAGCCCGGCACGUCGCUUCGCUGCAAUGGCCGGCGAGAAGCUUCAGCAAUUCCACCUCGAGGCGUAAUGCAGGCGUUGCGCCGGAGAAGAAGGCUCAGUUAAUGGACGCCUGGUCACAAUACCGAGAGCGAGUUCAACUGCCACUCGAGAACGGCGCCAACGGUCGAUACGUGGGCUCAAUAGGCAAGCGUCGCAAAAUCAGCAAGCAUCUUUCCUUUGCCGAUCUGACGCUCCCCUCCGGCCAGGUGUACCAGCUGUGCGCAAAGCACGAGCACGACGCAGAGGCACACAACAAGUUCAAGAACGUCCUGGCGCAUGCGCCCGUGCUAGUUACAGGCGACCUUGAACCCGCGAGCGAACCGGGCGCGAACCCGACUAUCAACCUGCGAGACAUUCAGACCUUGAACGAUGCACCAAGCAACCUCGUUGUGACGCCGGAGACAGUCUUCCCGCCAGCAAAGAGGCACCUGCAGAUGAAAUUUCAUCCGGAGAUCCAGGCCAGACUACGAUUUAGGUCGUGGCUCAAAGGGGUGUUGAACAAUGAGCUUCUGAACAAGGGUUUCACCGAGGUCGAAACGCCGACGCUGUUCAAAUCAACACCGGAAGGCGCUAGGGAGUUCUUGGUGCCAACGCGGCAAAAGGGUCUGGCAUAUGCGCUCACCCAGAGCCCACAGCAGUACAAGCAGAUACUUGUCGCAAGCGGAAUUGGACGAUAUAUGCAAUGGGCUCGUUGCUACCGCGACGAGGACUCGAGAGCCGACCGCCAGCCCGAAUUCUCGCAGCUGGACAUGGAGUGGGCUUUCGCAAAGGCAGAGCACGUGCAGAAGGAUGUUGAGGAUAUUGUCCUGAAAUCGAUCAGACUUCUCCAGCCAGACAAAAGCUACCGAACUUUCCGUGAUGGGGCACGGAUACCAGUGUUGUCGAAUUUGGAAACACAAGAGAAUGGUGGACCGCCAGCGCACUCUUUUGCGAGGUUGACAUUUGCCGAGGCCAUUGAAAUGUACGGUUCUGACAAGCCGGAUCUACGUAUACCUGGGCGGGUGAGUCCAUUAAUCGAAGGCCAGCGUGCUGAACUGACUAAACAGAUCAACGCGAUCCCGAUCCCUGACUCUGCAAAGCACUUUGUCAGCAUGAUCACCCACCUUGAAGACCCCCUUGUAGAAGCCUUCAGCUUUUCUCUGAGCGAGGACCUCCCGCCAUCUCAGGUUCAACGGCUAAUUGUGGACUUCAUGGACGGGCUUCCGAAAGAGUUUACAAAGAACCCACACGGAAUGCCGCAGAUUUUGAUACAUGAUUCUAGCAAACCUCUGGGUGGUUUUUCCUCUAUCGGCCACGACAACGAAAGCAUCGUAAGUGCCGCGUCUAACGGGCAGGAGCUCAAAGACGGCGAUAUUGUCGUUCUCCAGGCCCGACCUGUCCAGAAUGGCCAGUACACAUCGUCUUCUACCAAAAUUGGUGACCUCAGACGACUUCUUUGGUCACACCUCGUCGAGAACGAAGCCAUGAGUCGGCCACCCCAGUUAGGCGAACCAGAUUCGCUCAAGUUUGCGUGGAUCACCGAGUUCCCAAUGUUUCAACCUAUCGAGUCUGACGAACCUUGGAAGGCCAUCGACGCCCACGCUGGCAUCGCAGCGUGCCAUCACCCCUUCACAGCGCCUCUCGGCAAGGCCGAUCUCGAGUGUCUCUUCACGGACCCAUUGCAGUCCAAGAGCGCUGCCUAUGAUCUCGUUCUCAAUGGAACAGAAGUAGGCGGGGGUAGCGAGCGUAUACACAUUGCGGCAAUCCAGUCCUUUAUCAUGCGUGACAUUCUCAGAAUGUCGGACGAAAGAGUGGCAGACUUCAAGCAUUUAUUCGACGCCCUAGAGAGUGGCUGCCCGCCGCACGCUGGAUUCGCGUUAGGCUUUGACCGGCUGUGUGCCCUGUUGACAGACACGAGUACGGUCAGAGAUGUGAUCGCCUUUCCCAAAGGCGGAAAGGGUGAAGACCCCUUUGUCAAAGCACCUGGAAAGGUGACCGAACAGCAGUUAAAGGAGUACGGCCUGAGAUGGCGUGACUAAUGUGUAAAUGUAUACUCUUGUAUGUAUAUGUACAGUUCGUGUGUUAGCUGGAGGAAUUAGAAGACUUUGCUGGCCUUGUGUCCUUCGCUGCCAAAAUCUUCUUGAUAACAUGAUGAGACACUCGUUCCAUUAGACCCAAUGGCUGACAACGUGAAGCGACCGCAUCAAAGACCCCCAAUGUUACAUCCAGGAUAUUUUUGAAAUGCUUGCCGAAGAUUUGAUGACAUCGCCGUUGCGCAUUCCCAGCUCCAGGGUAAGCUACGCAACAGUGACCAGCAGUGCGGAUAGUCGCCGCGGGCAAUUUGCGAUAUUGCGUACUGUGGUUGAACAUUGCUGUCAUCCCUAUGUCUC